AAGCUUCACACUGGUAUGGCCUCUCACCCUCAAGUCUCAAAUCCUCACUAUAUGAGGGUUUAAGCUCUAAACCCUGUCUGUCGCAAAUGGCACAAAAUCUUAACACUCUCCUUCCUCUCCUCAGACGCCUCUCCUCCCAAAACCCUAAUCCUAACCUCACAUUCUCUCUCUUCCUCUCCCACCUCCUCUCCAGACCCUUCUCAACCAUUCCCUCCGCCACCCCCGCCACCACCCCCUCUACCACCAAACCCUCAUCCCUCUCCUCCCGCCUUAGUUUUGUCUUCGACCAAAUUGACCAAAUCGAGAAAGAACGCCAAUCAUUCGAACAAAAGGACCAAGUUCUCCAACGAAUUCGAGCCUGGCGCGAAUCCAAACCAAGCACCGACUCCACCGCCGACCCGGAUGAGGAGCACAAACCGGAGCCGCAGAAUGAGAGGAGAGAAUUGGGUGGUGGGGUGGUGGAGCUGGCGCACCCGUGGAAGGAGUGGGUGGAGUUGAUGGAGAGGUUGGUGCAGCAGAACUACUUUGAUCACAGGAGGAAAGAUGAGGAUGGUUUGGUUGAGAGUUUGGGAUUUGGCGAUGUGAAGGAGGUUGUGGACGAUUUCGGGUUUGAUUUCACUAGGGAUUGGAAGACUGUUCAGACCGCUUGCCUCAAUUUUGGACGUGAUCGUUUUGAUAUUUUGAGGUCAUUGUCAAGACAAGAUAUUCAAAUUUUAGUUGGUUAUGGAUGCCCUAGCGAGGACAGGAAGCUGGUUUUCUCUGCAAAACUAUUAAGAAAGCUUGUCCACCUUGAUGAAGGAGAUGUAUGUAGUUCCUGCAGUCUGAGGAGCUCCUGUGAGAAAGCUUAUCUGCUAACCAAUAAAGAGGAUGAGGCACGGACUAUUGAUGUUAUGCGAGUUCUACUGACUUUUGGGUUUGAUCCAGUGAAUGGAUUAGUCACAAAUAAGUCACUUAUGAAACAAAAAUCUGUCAAGAAUGUAGUCCGUAAGUUGCUUCAUGAGGUUGUGAAAUUGAGUGCAGUUCCAAUAGAUCCAAAUCUUCCCCCUCCAGUAAUAAAAAGGCCCCCACCAAAAGUGAAGCAACCUCCUCCCCCACCAAAGAAACGUGUUGGACGUGAUGACAUUGAGAUGAAAAAAGGGGACUGGCUAUGUCCAAAGUGCGACUUCAUGAAUUUUGCAAAGAAUACAGUGUGCCUGCAAUGUGAUGCCAAGCGGCCAAAGAGGCAACUGCUUCCAGGAGAAUGGGAAUGCCCUGACUGCAAUUUCUUGAAUUAUAGGAGAAAUAUGGCAUGUUUUCAUUGUGAACACAAGCGUCCACCUGAUGAGUUUAUGGAGAAUCAAAGACAAGAAAGGGAAAGGGGUCCCAGAACAAGGUUGGAGAAGGUUGCCAGCAGGGCUGGAGUUCCUAAUGCCUGGAAUUUCAAUUUUGAUGAUGAUGAAUCAGAUGGGGCAGAUGUUGCUGCUUUUGAGUAUGCGGAUUCUCCAAGAAUGGGCCAGGAUGCUCCUUUAGAUGAUCGGGCUCAAGGAGAGAAUUUUAGAGGGCCAGACGAUGAUUUCAACAAAGGUAGCAGGCUUCCAGGGGGCCACAAAAGAGAAUAUCAGGAUCCAGAUGUUAGCAGACCAAGAAUGGGAUUUGAUGACUUUGAUGAUGAGGAUGAUGAUGUUGACAAUUACGAGCUAGAGACAUCCAGUAGCAAUCCAGCACAGAAGACUUCUUCAAUUGAUUUCUCUGAGCUUGAAGAAUACUCAGGGUCUGAAGAUAUAGAAGGCUUUGAUGAGAAUUUUCCUGGUCGUCACCAAACAAAAUCCUCAAAAUAUAAUAAAUCCUCUAGGCCCAUUCAUCGAAAAGCAGCUUUAUCUGGCAUUGAGGAUGAUGAACUAGAUCUUGAUUCAGAUGAAGAACUUUCAGUUAAUCCCAAAUGGAAAUCGAGUCAUGUUGCUGAUUCUAGACAAAGGGGUAGAGGUGCAACUGGUCCAUCCAGGGGAUUGAGCUUUGGUUCGGAUGAAGAACUUGGGCUUGGUUCUGGCACUGAUGAUGAUCUGGGGGAAGAUUUCGGAUCGCAAAGUAAAAGGAAUAAAUUGGGUUCUGGUAGACGGGAUCGUUGGAGAGGAGGUUCUGAUACUGAAGAUGGACACUUCUCUGAAUCUAAUGAUAAUGAUCCACGUUCGUACAGAUCCAGAGCCAACAAAGCAGCUCCUGGUAGAAGACAGAACAAUUCUAGAGGCCGUGGGGAUUUUGACUUUACUCACGAUUCAAAAUUCAGGUCCAACAGUGCGAGGGGUGGCAGAAGAAAUUCUUUCAACGAUGACUUUAAUAGAUCGUCCCCAGGAUCUCGUGGUGGUAAGAAUAGAGGAGGGUUCCGAGGGAAUGACUAUGAUGGCCCCAGAAUGAGUAACAGAGCAGGCAAUUUCCGGGAUUUCAAUGGGCCCAGACGAGGACAAAGAUUUGGAAGUGGGCGAGGAGGAAGGGAUAAGGAUUUCAAUAAUCGGUCAGACAAGAACUGGGAUUUUGAUCAUGACAGACCCCGGAGACAACGCAUAAUUGAGAGAUGAAUCAUCUGAUGAGAAGACAUGGCAUGACUAGAAUUCCAGUUCCCAGUGCCUAGUUCAUCUCUGCAGCUGACAGCUUGUUUGAGGUUCCUGAAAUGAGCGGGUCUGGCGAUUCAUUCUCCUUAAGAUUGGCCCCAGAACCCAGAAAGACAAAAUACAGAUGUUCCUCCUGGCCACAGCCAUAUCUAUAAUCUCCAAAAUACCAACUACAACCCAACUGGUGGGUGGAUAAGAAGAUUGGAUUUACAGCAUUUAGAGUUUUCACACAUUCUUUGCAGUCAGAUUUUCCAGUGUGGAAGGUACUGAUCUGUUGUUCUACUCAAUUUGCUCGGUUAAUGCUACUAAUUUACAGUUUGUUUAAAUCUUUUUCUUGGGGGAAGAUUGGCAUGGCCUAUUGAAUUUUGUUGUAGCUUUUUGGAUGAUAAUGCUAGGUCUAGUAUUUAUGAUCCUGACCUGAAUGAACAAUUGAGCAUUUUGCUCCAAAUGCCUUGUAAAGUGUUCUUGUCCAUAUUGCAUUGGAAUGAUAUAUAGGGAUAUUUUUCAAGUA